AUGCCCAACACACAUCUUAACCGCAAGCCGACCAAAGGCUUUGCCCGCCGCGGCGGCAAGAGGGCUUUUCAUGGCCAGCGUCCCCAGACUUUCGCCGCGACGUCACGGGCAGAGGGCACAUCCGCCGACGAGAAAGCCGAACGCGCCGCCCUCGUCAACAGCAUAGACGAGUUCAUGGGCUUCCCACGCUACGAAUCCGGCAGGAAAAAGGAAGGCUGGCUCGUCAACGUCCAGCCCACCACCGUGGGGCUGUCCGAGUCUGAUGGCGGCCGGGCGGCGUUGGACUGUUACUUCAUCGAGGAGGACGGCCAGACGUUCAAGGCCACUGUCGAGUACGAACCAUAUUUCCUCAUUGCCGUGCGGCGAGGCCACGAGAGCGAGGUCGAGGAAUGGGUAAAACGGGUCCCCGGCGGCGGCGUCGUCAAGAACGUCAAGAAGAUCGACAAGGAGGAUCUGAGCAUGCCGAAUCACCUGUUGGGCUACAGGAGGACCUUCUUGGAGCUCAGAUUCAGGAACGUGAAUGAUCUAAUGUCGGCUAGGAAGGAGAUAAUGCCUGUGGCGGAGAAGAACCGCAAGGCCAUGGGCGCAGUGGAUGUUUAUGCCGAGGUCGCAGCCGAACAAGCAGGCUUCGACCUCUUUGAUGAUUCACGAGAUGACGAUAAACGACACAACGCUUCUUUCGCUGAUGCGAGCGACUAUAUUGUCGAUAUUCGGGAAUGGGACGUUCCCUACCAUGUAAGAGUAAUGAUUGAUAUGAGUAUACGAGUCGGCAAGUGGUAUUUUGUAGAAGCGAAACACGGCAUCACCACAAUAAAACUUAAUGCAGAACGUCUCGUACAGGCCGACCCGGUCGUCAUGGCUUACGAUAUCGAGACGACAAAACUUCCGCUGAAGUUUCCCGAUGCUGCUAUCGAUCAGAUUAUGAUGAUUUCGUACAUGAUCGAUGGCCAGGGCUUCCUCAUCACCAACAGAGAAAUCGUUUCGGAAGAUAUCACCGAUUUCGAGUACACCCCGAAACCGGAAUACCCCGGACAGUUCAUGAUCUUUAACGAGCCCGAUGAGAAGGCUGUCAUAGAACGCUUCUUUACACACAUCAAGGAGGCGAGACCGACCGUCAUCGCGACAUACAACGGUGACUUUUUCGAUUGGCCAUUCGUGGAAGCGCGAGCAAGCAUCAAUGGAAUCGACAUGUACCGGGAGAUCGGAUGGAAAAAGGACAGCGAGGACAUCUACAAGUGCACCUAUGGUGUCCACAUGGACUGUUUCGCUUGGGUUAACCGUGAUUCAUAUUUGCCUCAAGGAAGUCGUGGUUUGAAGGCUGUCACCGUGGCCAAGCUUGGUUACGACCCCGACGAGCUCGACCCCGAACUGAUGACACCAUAUGCGGCAGAGCGACCACAGACUCUGGCAGAGUACUCGGUCUCCGAUGCCGUCGCGACAUACUACCUUUACAUGAAGUACAUCCACCCUUUCAUCUUCUCUCUAUGUACGAUUCUACCGCUGGGCGGUGACGAUGUGUUGCGAAAAGGAACAGGUACGCUGUGUGAGAUGUUGUUGAUGGUGCAAGCGUUCGAGCAAGAGAUUGUCCUACCAAAUAAGCACGUCUCGCCAAAGGAGUCAUUCUGGGAUGGACAUCUGCUAGAUGCUGAGACAUAUGUUGGUGGCCAUGUCGAGAGUAUCGAAGCAGGUGUCUUUCGGGCGGACAUUCCGGUCAACUUUGCCGUAGAUCCCGGUGCUGUAGACGAGCUUCUCCAUGACCUGGACGCGGCUCUGAAGUUCAGUAUCGAGGUCGAAGAGAAGAAGUCCAUGGAUGAUGUCGUCAAUUACGACGAGAUCAGAGAUCAGAUUGCGGAGCGCUUGCUUCAACUUAGGGAGACGCCGAACCGGAACGAGAGACCGUUGAUCUACCAUCUGGAUGUCGCGUCUAUGUAUCCCAACAUCAUGACGACGAAUCGUUUGCAGCCAGACUCUAUGAUUCAGGAGUCCGACUGCGCGGCUUGCGAUUUCAACCGACCUGGAAAGACGUGCGACAGGAGAUUACCAUGGGCAUGGAGAGGAGAAUAUCUUCCCGCGAAGCGAGACGAGUACAACAUGAUCAGACAUGCCCUGGAGAACGAAAAGUUCCCUCCCAAGUGGCCCAAGGGUCCGAUGAGGACUUUCCAGGAACUCUCCGAGGAGGAGCGGGCUGCGCUCGUCAGGAAGCGUCUCACAACAUUCAGUCAAAAGGUGUACCACAAGAUCAAGGAGCAGACCACCAUCGUACGGGAGGCGAUCAUCUGCCAGCGAGAAAACCCCUUCUAUAUCGACACCGUCAAGGACUUCCGAGAUCGUCGCUACGAUUACAAGGGCAAGGCCAAAGUAUGGAAGGGCAAGACAGACAGUCUGAAGUCGGCUGGUGCUUCUGCAUCAGAAGUCGACAACGCUAAGAAGAUGAUCGUCUUGUUCGACUCGUUACAACUUGCGCAUAAGGUCAUUCUGAACUCUUUCUACGGUUACGUCAUGCGAAAAGGCUCCCGAUGGUAUUCCAUGGAAAUGGCGGGUGUGACCUGUCUGACGGGUGCUACCAUUAUCCAGCUUGCCAGGCAACUGGUCGAGCGACUUGGGCGUCCGCUUGAGUUGGACACGGAUGGUAUUUGGUGCAUGUUGCCAGCAACCUUCCCGGAGAACUUCGCCUUCAAGCUCAAAAACGGCAAGAAGCUUGUCAUCUCGUAUCCUUGUGUCAUGUUGAAUCAUUUGGUGCACGCCAAGUUUACCAAUCACCAAUAUCAGACGCUGACGGACCCGAAGACCUUCAAGUACGAGACACACAGCGACAACUCCAUUUUUUUCGAGGUUGACGGUCCCUACAAAGCCAUGGUUCUGCCGACGUCCAAGGAGGAGGACAAGAACUUGAAGAAGCGUUACGCCGUCUUCAAUGACGACGGAAGCCUGGCUGAGCUGAAGGGCUUCGAGGUCAAGCGACGUGGUGAGCUCAAGCUUAUCAAGAUCUUCCAGCAACAGAUCUUCAAGUUCUUCCUUGAGGGGGAGACCCUUGCAGAGUGUUACACUGCUGUUGCCAAAGUUGCUAAUCAAUGGCUGGACGUCCUCUAUAGUAAAGGGUCGACGCUGGCUGACGAGGAACUCAUUGACCUCAUUUGCGAGAACAGAAGCAUGUCCAAGACGCUGGAGGAAUACGGGAAUCAGAAGUCGACAUCCAUUACAACUGCCAAGCGUCUUGCUGAGUUCUUGGGAGAGCAGAUGGUGAAGGACAAGGGGUUAAACUGCAAGUACAUCAUCUGCGCCAAGCCUCGAAAUGCUCCCGUCACUGAGCGAGCUAUUCCUGUGGCAAUCUUCUCCGCCGAACCCGAGAUCAAGCGAAGAUAUUUGACCAAGUGGCUCAAAGAGGAGCCGUCCGACAUGGAUCCUCGUGCAUUGCUCGACUGGGACUACUACCUCGAGCGUCUUGGCUCCGUCAUCCAGAAGCUUAUCACUAUUCCAGCCGCCCUACAGAAAGUCCGGAAUCCUGUGCCCAGAAUACCUCAUCCGGACUGGCUGCAGAGGCGAAUCAACAUCAAGGAUGACAAGAUGAAGCAGAAGAAGAUGACCGACAUGUUUGCAUCCAAAGGACCGCUGGAAGAUAUCACCAACAUAUCCGCUUCACGAAUGGACGAUCUCGAGGACUUUGGCGCCAAGCUUCUCAAACCAAAAAGCACGAGCGCAGCCAUCAAUGCUUCACAGAUAGCACCCAAAACACAGAAACGCAAGUCGCCCGAGCCCGAAAGAGAGAACCUCGAUCCCUUUGCUGCUCUACCCAAGGUUAUGCCGGAUCCCUCGGAAGACUAUCCAGAAUUCCUGGAGUACCAGAAGCAGAAGUGGAAGAUUCAGAAAGCAGCCCGUGCCCGACGCCGACAUCUUUUUGGUGAGCGUCGUGGCAACACAGGAAACACCCUUCAGCAAACAUUCCGCAACCAGGCAGAAGUCACGUUUAGGAAUACGUGGCAAGUCCUGCAGCUGAAGACCACGGACAAUCCUGGUGUUGUGAUGGCCUAUGUACUCAUCGAUGCAAAGAUUCACACCCUCAAGGUCAAGGUGCCUCGAACUGUCUUCCUCAAUCUCAAAGGUAAGGAUCUGCCUGAGAUUGACGUCGAAGGCUGUGAGGCCGAACAAGUCAACCACACCCUGCCAAAUGGACACUCGUCGACACAUCUGUUCAAGCUCACGGUGCCAGAGGACGUGUACUUCGCCGAGGCAGACAAGUUCUCCCUGCUGUUCAACCACCCUAGUGUUGAGGGAGUCUAUGAGAAGCAAGUGCCCCUCAAUAUCCGCGCAGUCCUACAACUGGGCAAUUUGGCGACCAUUGACGAAAGCCGACCUGGCGUCCUUGGCCGGGGUCUUGAGCAAGGAUUCGAUUUGGGUAACCUCAAGCGGCCGCUCAAGCCCAAGCCAUAUCUCGAUACUAACCCACUGGCGUAUAUCUAUGUUUCGCACAUCACUGCAGGAGAGAGGCAGAUCUUCGGGCUUUUCUCCACAACCGGCGAGCAGGCACACAUCGUCAUCCUACAGAAGAACAAGGACGCUAGUUCCGACCUGCCAAAUGUCGGGAAGAUCUACAAUGAGUUGCUGACAAGAAGGAUGGUCGAAGGGGAGGGCACAAACUGGCAAGAAUGUUUCGCGUAUCAAAACACUCUCAGCUUCAAGGUGACCCAAGUUACCACUCGGCGCAAGGCACAUCUUGAGAUCGGCGACUUGAUAAAGAAAUUGAGGAAAGAUGAGCUGCGACCUAUGAUGCUGGUCGUCCAGUCGUCUCAGAGGAGUCAGCUAGUGCACGACGUGCCUAUCUUGUCUGAUUUCCCCAUCCUCCCCCUCAAAUACGACCAAGCAGAUAGUGCCCUGCCGCCUCUCGGGUGGCAAUCCGUCAUCGCGAAGCGCCUCGUCACCCACUACCUCAACCUUGGGUCCUGGAUCUUGCAUCUCACUGCCCUCGCACGGUAUGGUGACAUCCCUCUGUGCAACCUGGAGCGCGAUGAUCCUCGCUUCCUAAUUGAUAUCGCCUAUGCUCGUCGGCUGCAAACUAACAACGUCGUCUUGUGGUGGUCCCCAGCGCCUAAGCCAGACCAUGCUGGGUACGAACAAGACGAUGUUACUGGGUCUCUUGAUACUGUCAGCAUGCCGUCGGUCAAUAACCCAGGUACAUAUGCGUCCGUGUGUAUCGACCUGGACGUGCGAAACUUGGCCAUCAACACUAUUCUCACUUCUUCUCUGAUCAACGAGCUUGAGGGAUCUGACUCCAUAUCUUUCAACCCCGCUGCUGAUUCUCGCGGUGACGAUGGAUCUGAGGCACUAUACUCGGAGAACGCCUUCGCCAACGCUGGUGUGCUGGUAUUGCGUGAAAUGGUCAAAUCCUGGUGGGCGGAAGCGUGCAAGGGCAGCCCAAUGGCGGAUAUUCUUGUGCAGCAUCUCGUGCGCUGGGUUGAAUCGCCCGACAGUUUCAUGUACGACCGCGCGCUGCACUACUACGUCCAGAUGAUGUCGCGAAAGGCGCUUCUGCAGCUGAUGGCAGAUUUCCGGCGGGUCGGCUCGCAAGUCGUAUUCGCCGACUCUAACCGACUGUUGCUGCAGACCACGAAGAGUGAAGUCGGCAAUGCCUAUGCCUACAGCCAAUACAUCCUCAAGAGCAUCAAGGGCAAGCCACUCUUCCAUUUCAUCGACUUGAACGUCAAGGAGUAUUGGGACUACCUGGUGUGGUAUGACGAAUUCAACUAUGGCGGUAAAGGCUGCCAAGAGGUUGUUGAAGCUGAAUCGCAAACGCUUGAAGUCGUCAUGAACUGGCAGAUGAAGAUGUUCCUACCAGUCCGCCUACAGGACACAUUCCAGAACUGGGUCGUCGAGUUCAUUCAGACUAUGCACACGCUCAAGCGGGGUGUCACGAAUCCCGACUCCACACCGCGCAUGACACAGCUGCCGUUCAAGAGUCUCACCCAGAUCGAUGCCGUCGAUGAGGAAGGACGUGAACCGAUCAUCCUGACCUCUGCCUUUGAAAAGCCGCUGAAGAAAGAGAUCAAGUCCCUCCUCUCGACUCAAGCACGUGAGCUCUUGCAUCCCGAACUUGCGUCCGACUGGUCCUUCCCAUUGCUCCCUGGUAGUCAAGACCUAAGCAAGCCGUCAUCUGUCGGGCGACCCAAGAAGAACUCGGCGCUCCCGACCAAGAACGCUGUGCUGGAGCUAGUCAAGUCCCUCAUGCAGGUCCUCUCUCUGGAUAAGAACAUUACAAACGAGGCGCGUCUCCUUCGAAAGGAAUUGCUUGCCAUGUUCGACGUGCGCGAGUUCUCGAAAGAAGCAGCCUUUGCGAACCCGAGCUCCAGUCUCAAGGUCCCGCAGUGGAGCUGUCCAGAGUGCACGCUGGCCCGGGACUGGGAUCUCUGCCGUGAUGAGGUCCUGCUCCCGGACAUGGAGAGCCUCAUGGCCGGUCUGCCCGCCGACGCCAGCCCGGAACAGGUCCAGAGCGAGCUGAAGAGGGCCGCGGCUGUCAAGCCCUGGACUUGUGGGUACUGCGAGGCCGAGUUCGAUAGGUUGCGCAUCGAGGAGAAGCUGCUGGCUGAUGUAGAGAGGUUCAUCAUUGAAUGGUCAACGCAGGAUGUCAAGUGCACCAGAUGUGGUGGCGUCAAGCUGAACGAGUUCGCGGAGCACUGUACGUGCUCGGGCGCGUGGACGGAGAGCGUUAAGAGGGAUGAGGUGGUUAAGAGGCUGGGUGUUUAUAGAGGAGUUGCUGACUGGUUUGGAUUGAGGAUGCUGAGUGAGGCUGUUGGGGAUGUCUUGGGUAGUCUAUGA